AUGGCGACUACAACGACGUCGUUUCUAUCACCGACACAAAGGUAUGUUGCCGCCGCAUUGUUCGGACUAUCCCUUCACGAAUCCCAAGUCAACCAGACUCGCAUUCUACCCUUACCAGCUUCGGAUGACUCCAUCUCCAACACCUAUCGAAUCAGUAGUAGUAGCUCUAGCAGUAUUGAUUCUGUGUCCAGUGAUCCUGAUCUCUGGGUUCACCAUCACUCCGGUUUACUCCAACCCGUUUUCAAGUUUCUAGAUAUUGAUUCAUCUGCGUGGUAUGGGUUAGAAGAAACUGCUGGUUCUUCUUCUGCUACACAUCAUGUUGGACCAUAUAUGAGACUGCUUUCACAAGAAUUUGAUGAAGGUUCUGCUGAAUCUUCUCAAAGGCUAGACUAA